CUUAUUUGUCAGCUGUUUUAUUUGGAUUGCUCAAACGCUUUCGCACGAGGUGACGCAGGUCGGUUUGCAGCUCAGCUUGCUGCACUAAACCGAAGCACUCAAGCAAGCCAAGGCUAGCGCAGCUGCUGCAUUAAUCUACAGCUGUGGUAAAGCCAAGUGGACAACGGACGACUCGUCAAGCGCAGAGCAGCGAGACAGCGAAGCACCGAAAUGUUCCGCGACCCUCUUGCUGGGCCCGAACCCGACGCCAACACCAGCGGGACACCGCCCGAGCAGCUGAAGGGCAAUGAUGCCUCAGCUCCUGCGCCCGGCGCGCCGCCGGCGCCAACCGCAUCGGAGUACGACAGCUUCAUGUCGGCACGCAGUACAGCCGCCAAUGCGACAGCAUCUUCGUCGUACAUGACGGCGCCGCCUCACGGUGCCGGCGGCGCCGGCGGCAGCGGCGGCGCAACUGCUACUGCUGCUGCCCCGGCACCUGGCAACCCCUUCCGACGCCUACCAGACCGCCCCGCAGCUGCCGCGGAUCCCACACCAGCGUCCAGCGGUCCCGGCAGCACAGGCGAUCUCAGCAACCCCUUUGGCGCAACGGCAGCGGCGGCGCCGCCGCCGCCGCGGGCAGAGCCGGUGCACGACCCGCUGAGCUUUGGCGACGCAGCUGGCGGCGCCGGCGGCGGCAACGGUUACGGUUACGACACCGCGUUUGCCAUGCCUUCCGACCUGUACGAUACACCUGAUCACGCAACGGCAUCCCAACCGCAACCGCAGCGGUUGCCGCCGCUGUACGACUUCACCCGCGAGUUCAGCCGCGCGCUGCCGGUCAGUGAGGACCCCAUCUCUCCGCCCGGCACCUCGGCCGCCGCUGUACCCACGCGGUACGACGACUCCUUCAGUUACAGUUACAUGAGUGGCGGCGGCGGCGGCGGAAGUGGAACGGGCAUGGCCGCUGGCGGCGGCGCCGCCGGCGCCGCCGGCGCGGCAGCGCCCGGCGGCUUCGAAAACCCGUUUGCUGACGGCGGCGCCAGCAGCGAUACAGCCGAUGCCGCGCCUCAGAAGAUGUCGAUGUCGGGAGCGGGAGGCAGCGCGGGCGCGGGGCCGUCGGGCGCCGCGCACCGCCACACGGGCUCGGCUUCUUCUUCUGCGGCCGUGGCUGCCGGCAGCCCGCACUCGUAUGCGGCGGCGGCGCUGCUGACCAACACCGUGACGGUGCACUCGCCGCGCAAGGCCGUGGCGCCCAGUCGCAUACCGGGCCUGUCCGACCCCUAUAUCGUGUACAAGGUCACCAGCCGGGGCGCGGCCGUGGGCGAGGCCACUGUGGACCGGCGCUUCCGGGAUGUGGUGGCGCUGGCCGAGACACUGGCGGCGCUGUUCCCCGGCUGCUUCGUGCCGCCUCGCCCCAGCCGCUCCGCCAUCGAGGGCCGCCGCAUGCUGCCGGCCUUCAUCGAGGAGCGGCGAGUGGGCAUUGAGAAGUUCCUGCGCAGGCUGGUGAUACACCCAGUGAUGGGGCCCGCCGAGGCGACGCAGGUGUGGCUGCGCUCCCAGUCGCCCGACCUGCGCUCCUGUGCCGAGUGGCUGCGCCUGCAGCCCUCGCCGCCGCCCGGGCUGGCGCGCAGUACAGCGCGUCUCAUGCUGCAGGUGGUGGGUCGCGAGCGCACCGUGCCGUCUCCCAUGGAGGUGACUCGGCCCGCCUCGGAGCGCGGCGAUGUGUACCGGCUGAUGCAUGAGCGCACGGCGCAGAUGCGCGGCGUGCUCAGCAAGAGCCAGCCGACGGCGCUGGAAGAGAAGCUGCGAGAGGAGGCGGCGUCGCUGCAGGAGCGCACCGAGGCGCUGCUGACGCUGAGCCGCAAGGCGGACGCACUGGUGGCGCGUAGUGGCAAGAGAGCCAAGGUCCUGGGUCAGCUGUCGGAGGCGCUGGCGGCGCUCGCGGCCGCCGACAGCACCGCAGCCGAGGGCCGGGGGGCGGCGGCCGCGGCCACGCCCGCCGCGGCAAUGAGCACAGCUGGCGAGGCGGCGGGCAAGGUGGGCAAGCUGUAUGGUGUGGCCACUGACGCCGCCGCCAAGCACCUCACGCCGCUGCACGACUGGCUGGCGGCGGUGCCGGGCGCCGCCGCGGCACUGGCCACGCGAGAGCGCUGCCUGCUGACAGCAGCCACCCUGGAGGCGGACGCGGAGGCGGCGAGGGGGCAGCUGGCGGCGGCGGAGGCGCGCGCGGGCGGCGGCGCGGGCGGGCCCGCGGCGGUGCGCAAGGCCGACGCGCUGCGAGCGCAGCUAGCGCAGCUAGCGCAGCUGAUGGCGGCGGGCGGCGCGGCGCGGGAUGAGUAUGAGCGCGUGGCUGGGCGCAACGCGUCGGAGCUGGCGGCGUUCAAGGCCGCCAUCAGUCGCGAGCUGGCGGACUCGGUGCGCGAGCUGGCGCUCGUGGAGGCGGCGGCGGCGCAGAAGGCACACGCCAUGUGGCAGCAGGCCGCACAGGCACUGACCGGACUCGCUGCACAGGCAGCCGCGGUGGUCGCGGCCGGUGGCAGUGGUGGUAGUGGCAGAGCAGGGGCGGGGCGGUCCGGUGCGGGCGCGGGCGGGGCGCGGGGGCCGGGGUUUGGGGGAGGAGGCGCGGCGGAGUUGCCUGGCGGCGUGGGGUUUGUGGGCAGCCCUGGUCACGCCGCCUCGAACUUUUUCAGCGCGACGGCGGGGGCAGGCGACGCGGGUGGCGAGCAGCCGUUCCUGUGAGUGUGUGCGGUCAACUACGGCGGUGUCCAGGGUAUCGGCGCUGUGGUGGUGGAGCCAGUGGCGACAGCGAGUUACUGUUAUUGUGAUGGACCAAAUGGUCAAGGAGCACCAGUGCGGCAAGCAGGAUUUGCACCAAUUGUCAUAGUGCAGCAGAGUAGAAGCGAGGAGGAAGCAGCUGGCGGCAAUGUUUGCGGAGACGGACUAGCACGGGCAGCAAGAGCAAUGCAGCGGCGACAGCGAGUGAGUGGCAAGGGACAUACGCAACGAGCUGGGGCUGGGGUAUUGCGGUGGCCGGCAGAUGGAGGUGCGGCAGACGCAGAUGCGGAGCCUUCACACACGAAUGAGCGAGUACCGUGUGUGGGUAGGGGCGUAGGGGUAGCGGGUGUGGGGUAGGGGUAGCGGGUGUGUUCAGAGGCUGUAUGUACACGAAGAGGGGCCCACCCACGCCGCCAUACAGCACGCUGCAUUAUGCUGAGAUGUGUUUGGCACUGCAUGAACGCUGCUGUGUUGUUUGCGUGGCUUGCGCCCCUGCUUACCACUGUCGAAAGCGCGAUAAGCGAGGCUUUGCAUUGGCUGCCGCUACAUAUAUCUGGCCGUAUGCCGUAGGCGAGAACGUGGUUAGGGACCUUCUCGCCUGCGGCGGCGGCCCACCCGUGGAAGAUGCAAGCCCUGCUCAACGGC